AUGGCUUUGGUUGAGAAGCUCUACCAUGAUUUGUAUCAUGACGCUCAUGAAGCACUCGAUCCAGAGCACCCACUGGUACUUUCUGCAAGACAAGGGCUACAGACUGUGCAACUUGUGCGACAGACGUCCGCACUGACAUCUCCGAUCUCCAUUACAGACUUCUUCAUACCUAUACACAAGGCCAUCACUUUCCGCUUGGGCAACAAUCAUCCAGAUGUACUUCGGUUCUCACUAGACACCUUCACAUUACUCAUGGUGGUUAACACUGAAAAGGCAGAGGAAGUAUCAAAAGCGUUCCUGGGGCAUGUCAGAUCGAAAGCUGUGUGGGACCAAAGAGCUGUAGAAUCGGUCAGCCUCCAGGAACAAUUGGCUUGGGCUUAUUUCACGCAGGACAGAGCAAACUCUGCCUUGGAGAUACUGCACUACCUGAACACUCAGCUCAGAAGUUUUGGGGCUGAGCUAAAUGAUGACGAUCCGCUCUAUGAGAUUGGCAAAAGAAUCACCCAGGCUGAGGGUAUUGUGCGAAAGGCAACAGAGGGCCCCUCAAAUGGUGAUCCAGAGGAAGAAGGAAUGUGA